AUGGUCCUCCAGGAUCUCGGGCGGCGAAUCAACGCCGCCGUCAAUGAUCUGACUCGCUCCAGCAAUCUGGACGAGAAGGCAUUUGAUGACAUGAUUAAAGAGAUCUGCGCCGCCCUACUGUCCGCCGACGUCAACGUCCGCCUGGUCCAGACCCUCCGCAAAUCCAUCAAGUCCAGCGUGAACUUUGCCUCUCUCCCUCCCGCCGUGAACAAGAAGCGUCUCAUCCAGAAGGCCGUCUUCGAUGAGCUGGUGUCCCUGGUCGAUCCUCAUGCGGAGCCCUUCCGCCCCAAGAAGGGCCGCUCCAACGUGAUCAUGUUCGUCGGUCUGCAGGGUGCUGGUAAAACCACCACCUGUACCAAGCUGGCCCGCCACUACCAGAUGCGCGGCUUCAAGACCGCCCUCGUCUGUGCCGAUACCUUCCGAGCCGGUGCCUUCGACCAACUGAAGCAGAAUGCUACCAAGGCCAAGAUCCCCUACUACGGUAGCUUGACGCAGACCGACCCCGCCAUCGUCGCCGCCGAGGGUGUGGCCAAGUUCAAGAAGGAGCGCUUCGAGAUCAUCAUCGUCGAUACCAGUGGUCGUCACAAGCAGGAAGAGGAGCUCUUUACCGAAAUGACCCAGAUCCAGACCGCCGUCACCCCCGACCAAACCAUCCUCGUCCUCGACAGCACCAUCGGUCAGGCGGCCGAGGCCCAGUCAUCCGCCUUCAAGGCCACUGCAGACUUCGGAGCUAUCAUCAUCACCAAGACCGAUGGUCACGCCGCGGGAGGUGGUGCCAUCUCCGCCGUCGCCGCAACCCACACCCCCAUCAUUUACCUCGGUACCGGUGAGCACCUGAUGGACCUGGAACGCUUCGAGCCCAAGGCCUUCAUCCAGAAGCUCCUGGGCAUGGGCGAUAUGGCCGGUCUCGUCGAGCACGUGCAAGCCGUGACGAAGGACUCAGCCUCCGCCAAGGAGACUUACAAGCACAUCUCGGAGGGUAUCUACACGCUUCGCGACUUCCGAGAGAACAUCACCUCGAUCAUGAAGAUGGGUCCCCUCUCUAAACUGUCCGGCAUGAUCCCCGGUCUCUCCAACCUGACGGCGGGGCUCGACGACGAAGACGGCUCCAUGAAACUGCGUCGCAUGAUCUACAUCUUCGACAGCAUGACGGCGGCCGAACUCGACGGCGACGGCAAGAUGUUUGUCGAGAAGCCCAGCCGAAUGGUCCGCAUCGCUUGUGGCAGCGGCACCACCGUCCGCGAAGUGGAAGACCUACUCUCCCAGCACCGCAUGAUGGCAGGCAUGGCCAAGCGCGUCGGUGGACAGAAGAAGCAGAUGCAACGCGCCCAGAACAUGCUCAAGGGCGGUAACAAGGAGCAGCAGCUGGCCGCCAUGCAGAAGCGCAUGGCCGCAAUGGGCGGCGCCGGUGGCGGUGGCUUCCCCGGGAUGCCCGGCAUGGGCGACAUGGCCAAGAUGAUGCAGAUGCUGCAAGGCCAAGGCGGUGGCGGCGGUGGCCUCCCCGGCCUGGGCGGAAUGGAUCUACAAAGCAUGAUGAGCCAAAUGAGCGGGCUCAUGGGCGGCGGUGGUGGCGGCGGCCGCGGUCGAGGACGGUGA